AUGUCGCGUACGAUACCCACGGCGAAGAGGCGGCGCUUGUCGCCUCCGGAAGAGAACGAUAACGCUGCUCAGCCGCUCAGAACCCCCAAGGCCAGCUACCUCGCCAAUGCGGCGAAAUGGGACCUCGAACAGGACUACGAACAGCGACCGAGGAAGCAGAAGAAGCAAAAAGAGGCUGCAAAGCUUCCUGUGAGGACAACCGAGGGAUGGCAGGCACAUCCAACGACGAACGAGACACAGGAAGAAGAAGUCUCGGACAGCUUUCUAGGCUCUGGGAGCGAGGGAGAGGGGGGCGAAGAGGAGGAAGUGGUGGAAGAGAAGCCAAAGGUGUCGCCAAAGCAACAGAUACUGGAGGCCAAGGAGGAGGUCGCGCGAAUAGCUGGGCUGGUCAAUGAAGACCCCGAAGAGCACAUUGGUGCGCUGAAAACUCUGGCCGCACUUGCAGCAUCGAGAAACACCACUGUACGGAAGCUGACUCUGGUGGCGCAAUCGGCUAUUUUCAAGGACUUGAUCCCUGGUUAUCGCAUACGACCGCUUUCCGACGAGGCCAUGGGCGAGAAGGUGUCCAAGGAAGUUCGGAAACUCCGCGCAUUCGAGCAAAAGCUCGUUUCGGGGUACCAGGCAUACGUGCAGGAUCUGGGCAAGGCGGCAAAGAAGAGCGGCGGCGACUCUGCUGCUGCAAGUGUUGCUUCAGUAGCCAUCAGUUGCGCAUGCAGCAUGUUGCUGGCGGUACCACACUUCAAUUUUCGGGGAGAGCUUCUUGGGAUCAUCAUUGGCAAGUUGAGCAUGCGACACGUGGAUGCAGAUUUCGUCAAAUGUCGAUCGACACUGGAAAAACUGUUCGAAGAGGACGAGGAAGGGAACGCAUCCUUGGAAGCUGUCACCAUGUUGACCAAGAUGAUGAAGAGCAGGAAUUACCACUUCGACGAGAGCGUGCUCAACACGUUCCUUCACUUGCGCCUGCUAUCCGAAUUCUCCCAGAAAGCCUCUUACAAUUCCGUCGAUAAGGCGGAGCCAGAAUGGAUCAAUGGCAAGAAGAUCAAGCAACAGCGCGAGUUCCGAACCAAAAGGCUAAGGAAGACGCUGAAGGAGAAUAAGAAGAUCGAAAAGGAAAUGAAAGAGGCUGACGCUGCGGUUAGCCACGAGGAGCGAGACAGAAUGCAGGCGGAAACGCUGAAGAUGGUCUUCGUCGCAUACUUCAGGAUUUUGAAGGCGCGUUCGGGAAAGCUCAUGGGUGCUGUCCUGGAGGGCUUGGCGAAGUACGCACAUCUUAUCAACCAGGACUUCUUCGGGGACAUUCUGGAGGCUUUACGCGACAUCAUCAGCACAGCAGAGCUUUCAGAAGCUGCGCAAGCAGACGAUGACGAGGAGGAAGAGGAGGAAGAAGAUGACAACGAGCUGCCGGAGAGGAAUAUCACGCGUGAGUCGCUUCUUUGCGUGAUCACAGCUUUCGCCCUGUUGCAAGGUCAAGACGUUACCAAGUCUGCGUCGGCCAUGAAGCUGGAUCUCAGCUUCUUCAUCACACAUCUAUACCGCACGUUGCACGCAGUGUCCCUCAAUCCGGACGUUGAGUUGAGCGCAAAGUCGCUGCACCUCGCCGAUCCCCACUCCGCGGAAGCACAACCACAAGCUGCGGCAACCAACAAAAUCAACGUCCAAACCACCAUCGUCCUGCUCAUCCGGUCGUUGUCUUCAAUCCUGCUUCCCGCGCAAGCUUUACGCGCCGUUCCGCCGAACCGUAUUGCAGCAUUCUGCAAGCAGCUGAUGACUGUAUCCCUGCAGCUACCCGAGAAGUCAUGUACAGCGAUGCUCGGACUGCUCAACCAAGUCACCAAAGCGCACGGUCGCAAAGUCAAUGCGCUAUGGAUAACCGAAGAGCGCCGCGGGGACGGUGUGUUCGACGCGCUGAAGCCCGAAAUCGAAGGCAGCAACCCGUUCGCGGGCACUGUCUGGGAGGGCGAGCUUUUGCGAAAACAUUUCAGUCCAACAAUACGGGACGCGGUCGUUGGUAUCGAGAAGAAUGUCAUGGAGUCGAGAUAG